UAAUUCCGAUAACGAUAACCACGACUUCUGCAGUAGUACAUUCAGUUUUUGUUUACAUUCGUAAAAAAGAAUUAAAUACUAUUAUUUACGAUGCGCGACGAGAUUUUGGACCCCAGCAACCUGGUGAAGAACCGGGAGAUACUCUACCGGCUGAUGAUCAGCCAACUGAUGUACGACGGCCUGGAGAAGUUCGCCAUGGAGCUGUCCAUGCUGGUCAAGGCGGACCAGUGUGCUCCUAGCGAACGCCUGCUGCACGUGAUGAUUGCCGGAAUGCAGACGCUGAGUGACAAGGACAAGACGCCCACGGAUGAUGUCCUGCCCGGGAUAGAUCUGGAGUUUGAGCCGGAGGCGUCUGCCUUGGCCCCGGAGCCGCAUUCCUACGAGACGGCAUAUGUGACCUCGCAUAAGCAGGCCUGUCGCGCCGGGGCGUUCAGCUGCGAUGGUUCCCUGGUGGCCACCGGCAGUGUGGAUGCCAGUAUCAAGAUUCUGGAUGUAGAGCGGAUGCUGGCCAAGUCGGCGCCCGAGGAUAUCGAGCCGGGCAGGGAACAGCAGGGCCAUCCGGUCAUUCGCACGCUGUAUGAUCACACUGACGAGGUGUCCUACCUUGAGUUCCACCCCAAGGAGCACAUCCUGGCCUCCGCCUCGCGGGAUGGCACCGUCAAAUUGUUCGACAUUGCCAAGCCCUCGGUGAAGAAGGCCCACAAGGUGUUCACCGACUGCGAGCCGGUGCUGUGCCUCUCCUUUCAUCCCACGGGUGACUACGUGGCCAUUGGCACGGAGCACAAUGUGCUACGGGUGUACGACGUGCACACCACCCAGUGCUUUGUCAGCGCCAUUCCCUCCCAGCAGCACAAGGCGGGAGUUACCUGCGUCAAGUAUUCGCCCACGGGAAAGCUCUACGCCACGGGCAGCUACGACGGCGACAUCAAGAUCUGGGAUGGGAUCAGCGGACGCUGCAUCAACACCAUCGCCGAGGCGCAUGGCGGAGCGGCCAUCUGCUCCCUGGAGUUUACCAGGAAUGGAAAGUACCUCCUCUCUUCUGGAAUGGAUUCCCUGGUGUACCUUUGGGAACUGUGCACCAGUCGACCCAUCCAGACGUACACGGGUGCUGGAACCACCGGCAAGCAGGAGCACCAGACGGAGGCCGUUUUCAACCACACCGAGGACUACGUGCUCUUCCCCGACGAGGCCACCACUUCGCUCUGCUCGUGGAACUCACGUAACGGCUGCCGCCUGACCCUCAACUCGCUGGGACACAAUGGACCUGUGCGCUACAUCACGCACUCGCCCAAUGCACCUGCAUUCCUCACCUGCUCCGAUGACUUUCGGGCGCGUUUCUGGUACCGAAGGGCAAAUAACCAGUGAACGGAGGAUUCGAAUAAAAUAUUUAAGGGCUGAAGUAGGCAUGUAUUUUCCUUACCCAGACCAACAACCAUUUGUGUGUCUUUCAGUAAAAUUCUCUUUAUUCAAUGAA